AUAGAAAUCAGCAAAAGCAGGCAGAGGGAGGCAGUAACAUUCGCCAACAGCACUCAUCACCUGCACCAUCUCUGACCAGCACGAUGGCAAUCACAGCGGAGAGCAUCCGUGCGAAGCUCCAAGAUGCACUGGAGGCACAGCAUGUUGAGGUUGAGGACACUUCUGGUGGGUGCGGCCAGGCUUUUGAGGCGGUGAUUGUGUCAACACAGUUCCAGGGCUUGCCUCUUCUGAAGCGGCACCGCCUCGUCAACACUGCCCUCGAAGACGAACUCAAAGCCAUCCACGCCUUCUCUCAGAAAACGUACACGCCAGAGCAGUGGACCAAGAUCCAAGAAAAGGCUGCGUGAUAAGGGCAGCUGUUGCGUGCGAGGCCAUGUUGUCGUCAUAGUGAAUCAGUCACCCCUGGCCUCACAUUUCCUUUCAAUCCACAACACCACUUCACACUGACAUUGCUGGGGGGGGGGGGUUGGCUCAGGGUUGGUGCUGCUUGUUGUUUCUUAGAUGCAUAGAAGACAGAUCAGAACAAGGCCAAUGGAUGAUCUACAGCCA